AUGGCGCGGAGCGGGCCGGGGCGGUGCGGGCGGCGCGGGUGGCGCGGGCGGUGCGGGCGGUGCGGGCGGGGCGCGCUGCUGGCCUGCGCUGCGUGGACCGCGGGCUGGGUGCUGGCGGCCGCGCUGCUGCUCCGCGCGCACCCGGGCGUCCUCUCCGAGCGCUGCACCGACGAGAAGAGCCGGCGCAUCCUGGCCGCGCUGUGCCAGGAGUACCGGGGCGGGGUGCUGGUGGGGGACCUCUGCGAGGACCUGUGCGUGGCGGGGACACUGAGCUACCAGCGCUGUCUGUACUACGAGAGAGGCAAGAAGGUGCUGCAGGCCGACUGGCGCGGCCGGCCCGUCAUCCUCAAGUCCAAGGAGGAGGCCUUCUCCAGCUUCCAGCCGCUCAGCCUGCCGGACGACGCGGCCGAGGACGGCGGCCAGGACUUCCCGGAGGCCGAGCUGCUGCUGGUGGUGGCCGGUGAGGUCAGGAACGCCCUGGGCCUAGAGCUGCCCAACGGCAGCCUGGGGCCGCUGUGGCCCCGGAGGCGCGGCCGUCGCUGGCUGGGCCAGCUGGCCACCCUGUGGUCCCUGGUCCAGCAGGAGGAGUUCGUCCUGUUCAGCCUGCUGCAGGACCUGAGCCGGCACGCCCCGCCCGUGCUGGGCUCCUGCGGCCACUUCUACGCGGUGGAGUACCUGGCCGCGGGCAGCCCCCGCCACAGGGCCCUCUUCCCCCUGGACGGGGCCGCAGGCGCCCCCCGGGGCGGCCGGGGCCAGGCCAAGGCCAUCAGCGACAUGGCGCUCAGCUUCCUGGACAUGGUGAGCCAUUUCGACGAUGACUUCUCCCACCGCCUCCACCUCUGCGACAUCAAGCCCGAAAACUUUGCCAUCAGGAGUGACUUCACGGUGGUGGCCAUCGACGUGGACAUGGCCUUUUUUGAACCCAAAAUGAGGGAAAUUCUCGAGCAGAAUUGCACGGGGGAUGAGGACUGCAAUUUCUUUGACUGUUUUUCAAAGUGUGAUCUGCGAGCCCACAAGUGUGGAGCAGAAAGAGUCAACAGCAACCUGCAGGUCGUCUGUGACAAGAUAUUCCGCCACUGGUUCUCCUCCAGUCUCAGGACCUCGGCCGUCUCCGUCCCGCUUCAGCUACAAUUGCGGGACGCGGUCCAGGAAUGCGCAGACCCUCGGGGCACCUCCGGCAGCGCCCCGGGAGCCGCCCCUGACGUGUUCUGGAAGCUUCAGCGCCUCCUUCAAGCCACACAGAGGGAACUGCAGGAGGCAGAGAAGUAGCCACUCCCGUGGCCUUGGGUCCCUUCCCUCUACGUUGGUUCAAGGACGGGACGUUUCCUCUAUGCAAAUGAGGGCAUGCACAGGUGUCGCUGUGGUCCUUCUGAAAUGUGAAAUCGCUGAUGCCCUUCCCACCGCACGCCAGCUGCCCUCAUGUGCGUCCUUCUGUCCCAUCCUGGCUUGAUUCGCUCCUGAUGGAGGCCACCGCGCUGGCCUCUGACCUGCCACCCUUUAAAAGUGACACGAGGGAGGCAGGUACAGCGGUUUCCUCUUGGAGGCCUCUUCGUCGGGAAACAGCACAAAUCCCACUCUGAGGAUCGUGCUUGUGCUCACCUGAGAGCCAGGGCUUCGAGCUGUCCUGCCUGCACACGUGCCUGCAUUUAAAGAAGUGCACGUGCGUGCACACGAGCCAGUGUGCGUGUUCACACGGGAGUGCUCGCGUGCGUGCACGCGUGCGUGAGGACGUGCCUGCCUGAACGAGCGUGAGCAGGGAGCGCGGGAGGCUCCGGGGCAGGGGAAGGGGUGUGCCCUCUGGGACACGAGGGCUGCCUUUGUUUUGGAAUAAAAUACAAUCAAAACAGAAGUUGCGUCUGUAACGCAAACGUAAUCCGUCAGGAGAGGACGUGUCAGGACAGCGUAUGGCCGUUUUCCUCGUGAGGGGCCCGUCGAUUUUAUGGAGCCUGUGUUAGGGAGCACGUUACCGCCCGCCGCGGUGCAUCUGCCUUUGGCGCGGGAGAUGCAGGCUGGUUGGACUGCGUCGUGUUGUCCCCGAGAACGUGGGGGACAGCGAGUGCCGCGGUCGGCGUCGGGCAGGGUCAGAGGCGGGCGCCUUGCUCUCAAGGGCACGAACGCCGAGGCCCGGGCACCGUGCCGCACGCUGGCAGGUGCCUCCGACAGAGUCCCGGGGAGGCUUUCCUGAGAGAAGAGGGACGGAGGGAACCACACUGUGGUCCCUCGCUGGGCAGGCAGGUGAACCCGUGGGGGGCCAGCCAGGCAGCCACCGGGAGGGAACUCCUUUCUACUGGACACCUGGGACACAGCAGGUGCUCCGCAAGUGACCAGCUGGUGUCCCUAAAGGUAAAUCAAGAAAGAUGCUGAGAGAGGAAAAGGAAAUUCUAUUGAUGGCUUACAAAUCAAAGAGGACGGAUUAAUCUGAAAUUAAAAAAAAAAUGACAAACUGCACAAAUUUCAAGCCCUUUCUCAUUUCCUUGCCCGGUGCCUUCCUGGUCCAGACCAAGGGGAAUUUCCUGCUUGUGUUCAUUUGGAUGCAUUUCUCCAGGCUGCACCCGGGCUCAUGGAACGGUGUGAGGGGCGGGGCAGAGAGGGCGCAGGCCCCACCGGGUCUGGGUUCCCACCUCCGAGCACUUCUGUCUGGUCGCCAUGGUCACCUGCAGUCCUGCCCCCCAUCCGUCACCCCUGGCAUUUUCUCACAUGACUCAGUUUCCUCAAGGGCCCUCUAAUCGUGUGUGUGAACGACUCACUCUGCCUUUGUAGCCUUUGGCAGGAAGGAAAACCCCAUGGCUGUCCCUUCCGUGGCAGAAAUACAUUAAAACUAAAGUUUGAUGCGCAGGCCUUGAGCCAGCAGUUUCUAAAGGAAAAGAGAGUUUGUCUACGGAACAGAGGCUCCUGUCUCUCCAGGGCUGUGCUCUCUGCAGUGGCUUCCUGCAGCCGUGAGGGUCUCACUGAACCGUGCCAACCGGAGGCUCAGGGUCUGUCUCUGAGCGAGGCUUCCGUGAA